AUGGAGUUCAAUAGCUUCGACUUUAUCGCUCUCUUCCUGUGCUCCAGUAUCUUCGGCCUUCUCUUCUCGCUCUGGUCCAAGACUGAGCUUAUCACCGACCGCGAGAUCAUUCUCUUGGUUACAGUCUUUAGUGCCGUCGUAAUCGGGCUUCUCGCGCGCAUAAAUGCCACCAGAGCGCUCACCAACUUCCUAACGGAUAACGUAGGAGAGGUACACGAAAAGCAGCUUCGGGAUCUUGACGAAGCCCAUCAUCGCCACAUUGCGAGCGUCAAGCUUGAGAGCCAUCGCGAACAUCUUCGCCUCCAAGGCGAUGUCAAUAAUGCUGCCCUCAGGUUUGACCGCCUAUACAACGAGCACAAUUACAUCUCGAGCAUGUACCAAGAGCAGAUGCAAUACACUGAGGAACAAGAGGAUCGCAUCCAAUAUCUCGAAAAGAAGCUCCAGGAAUUUGGUCAAUCCACGCCAAUGACUCGCACUCCUUUCUCCGCGCCGCCUUCGCAGAUCAGCUUUUCUCCCCCACCACGUCGCCAGCAAUCUAAUGAGAUCCUCCGCCAUACAGCUUCGGCGAGCCCACUAGUUCGUCGUCUCGCUAGAGAGAUGGAGGUCCAAAUCCACUCUUGGAAGGUUCUCGACGCUCGUGCAGAAUCUGCCAGUUCGCUUAUUGCUGUUGUUAACAGGGAAUUACAUCUACCGCCUGAGUACCACGAAGGCCAGAGCGAAGAUGAGGGUAGAGCGACUCCGCAGCAACUUGGUGUUACACAUGAUGAAUCCGCAGUGCCAGCACUAUCCCGUCGUCGUCAGGGUGAAACGACUACGCAGAAAAUAGGUGCCCGAUUUGCUGAUUUCCCAGACAUGCUGCCGGCACCACCGCUUAUGCAGACCGCACGUGCACUGGGUUUCGCGACGCCGCCUCAGUAUACCGCGACGUCGUCGUGCUCACCCACGAGUGCAGCGCGACUGGACUACCGUGCGACGACAGAAGACGAAGAUCGACGUGCAGAUGCGUUUCCUACGCGAGAUACACAAACAUUACCGAUGGAAGCUGAAGUUAUAGGCCGUCGUGCUUAUCGCAGGAGAAGUCAGAAGACUGCAGUAGACUAUCCGUCGAGUCAACCAAAAGAAGACGAUGAGUGA